GGCUUUGCAAGCCCGGCUUGCGCCUUGCAAUUGUAGAGCACGUGUGCGUACCCGCCCCGCCGGGGAAAUGCUGCCCAGAAGCUCCGGGUUGUGGGCCGGAUCUCUAAGCGUCCGCAAUCCUAUAGAAGCCACCAAGGAGUGGGGGGAUGGGGGGGGUUGCAUUGUUUUUUAAAAGUAGGGAAACGGAAGGAAAGUGUAUUGCCCCUGUUCCCUUCGUCCAGGGUUAGGAAGCGGGUCCUGCGGCAGAGUCCUUUGCUCGCACUUCUGUCGCCCGCUUCCUCUGUUCUGUGCGGCCUAGAAGGGCUCGGCCGGGGCGAGCUUCUUUAAAAAGUGGGGAGCGAGGCUCACCAAAAGCCUCUCAGGUCUUGGAGGAGUGCGGCCUCUGUCAGCAUUAGAGGGGAAUCGGUAGGAACCAGAGCCAGCGAGGCCUUCGAUAGCUCAGUUGGUAGAGCGGAGGACUGUAGUGGAUAAGCCGUGGCAAUCCUUAGGUCGCUGGUUCGAUUCCGGCUCGAAGGACUUCGUGCAAUAUUUUUAGCCCUCACUUAAUUACCCCGGGAGAAAGGUUUACUCAGAGAAUAUACUUGAGCACUACCGAUGUUCGGUUAAACACAUCUGCAAUAAGUAGUCAGGUACAGUACAGCUCUCUUGUGGGUUAGAUAUCAAGAUGCUAUGUGUUUUUAAAUAGGGUUUUAUUACUAUUGCUUAAGUGUAGUUAUUAUAUGCCUGCUUUUAAAAAUCCUGCCCCUGGUCCCACUGUACUCAAGUGCUGAAUAAAUGUCCUGAAUUGCCGUUGCUCCGCUGGUCAGCGGACUGCCCAGCCCAGAACAACCUGUAAGGCAAAGGGAAGGAAAUCAGGAGCAGCUGGGGGAUUAGCUCAAAUGGUAGAGCGCUCGCUUAGCAUGCGAGAGGUAGCGGGAUCGAUGCCCGCAUCCUCCACUCGGUUUUUUGCCCCACGCAUUACACGAUCCCUAAACAGCCGAGAAUCUGCUGAACUGGGUGAGUGUUCUGUAAUACACAGAGGAGCAGGGCAAGCAAUGAUUAGCUUCACACGUUAUCCUUUUAUUUUGCAGGUGAAUUUUUCCAGUUUACUUCUUGGUCACUUUGUCUUUUUCUCCUCCCGGCCGGCAGGCCGUUAACCGUCUUCUGAGACAACACGGGUGGAACCCCCUAGCCCGGCCCGCCAGCCAAGCCCCUAAACCGCACUGGCUCAGCUAGCCGCUAACGUGCGAGGGAACCCCUCCGUGCUGACCAAUGGCAGCGAGCUUUACUGGGCGGGUAGCCAGCUGUACCCGCGGCCAAUAGGCGAGAGACUUGUUGUUUCCUGGCAGAGCGGGGUCCCGGCACCGCGGCGUUCGGCGCUCGGGUUUUGUUUGGGUCUUGGGUGGAGGGCCGGGUGCCGGGGCCCGAGGUGGCGCCUCGCUAGCGGGAGAGGGAGCGGGAUCACCGGCCCGGAGAGAGCUCUCAGGGCCAGAGUGGGGCAGGAGGAUGCUUUCCCAGCCCCACCAUGGAGCUGCGCUGUGGGGGAUUGCUGUUCAGUUCUCGCUUUGAUUCAGGGAACCUAGCCCACGUGGAGAAGGUGGACUCUGUGUCUAAUGAUGGGGAAGGAGUGGCAGGUGGGGCAUCAGCCCCGACCAGCAGCAUUGCCUCUUCCCCUGACUACGAGUUCAACGUGUGGACCCGACCAGACUGUGCUGAAACGGAAUUUGAGAAUGGGAACAGGUCAUGGUUCUACUUCAGUGUCCGGGGAGGAACUCCAGGGAAACUCAUCAAGAUCAACAUUAUGAACAUGAACAAGCAAAGCAAGCUGUAUUCCCAGGGCAUGGCCCCUUUUGUGCGCACACUGCCCACCCGGCCACGCUGGGAACGCAUUCGAGACCGGCCCACCUUUGAGAUGACAGAGACGCAGUUUGUGUUGUCCUUUGUUCACCGUUUCGUGGAGGGCCGUGGGGCCACCACCUUCUUCGCCUUCUGCUACCCCUUCUCCUACCAUGACUGCCAGGAUUUGCUAAACCAGCUAGACCAGCGCUUUCUGGAGAACCACCCUACCCAUAGCAGCCCCCGGGAUACCAUCUAUUACCACCGGGAGAUCCUUUGCUAUUCUCUGGAUGGACUUCGUGUGGAUCUGCUAACAAUCAGUUCCUGCCAUGGGCUUCGAGAAGAUCGAGAGCCCCGUCUCGAGCAGCUGUUUCCUGAUACCGGCACCCCCCGACCAUUCUGUUUCACAGGCAAGAGGAUAUUCUUUCUAAGCAGUAGGGUUCACCCUGGGGAGACACCAUCUAGCUUUGUCUUCAAUGGCUUUCUGGACUUCAUCCUUCGACCUGAUGACCCCCGGGCCCAAACCCUACGUCGUCUCUUUGUCUUUAAGCUGAUUCCUAUGUUGAACCCUGAUGGUGUGGUCCGGGGCCACUACCGCACAGACUCUCGUGGAGUGAACCUGAACCGGCAGUACCUAAAGCCUGAUGCAGUUCUGCACCCGGCCAUCUACGGGGCUAAAGCUGUGCUUCUUUACCACCACGUGCACUCCCGGCUGAACUUCCAGAGUCCCUCUGAGCACCAGCACAGUCCUCAUCUCCCUCCUGAUGCUCCCCUCUCUGAUCUUGAGAAAGCUAACAAUCUCCAAAAUGAAGGUCACCUUGGGCAUGCAUCUGACAGGGAUAACCCUAAGGUGUGGACACAGACUGAGCCAGCAGAACAGAAGCCCAACAGGGUGUGGAUUAUGCCACAACAGUCCCCUGAGGUUGAGCAGCCAGCCCCUGACACCAUCCCACCCAGAGAGAGUGGUGUUGCCUACUAUGUGGAUCUGCAUGGACAUGCUUCCAAAAGGGGCUGCUUCAUGUAUGGAAACAGCUUUAGUGAUGAGAGCACCCAGGUGGAAAAUAUGCUGUAUCCAAAGCUCAUCUCCUUGAACUCAGCCCACUUUGACUUCCAGGGCUGCAAUUUCUCAGAGAAGAACAUGUAUGCCCGAGACCGCAGAGAUGGCCAGUCUAAGGAGGGAAGCGGCCGGGUUGCAAUCUACAAAGCCUCAGGGAUAAUCCACAGCUACACACUUGAAUGCAACUACAACACUGGACGCUCGGUAAACAGCAUCCCUGCCGCCUGCCAUGACAACGGGCGUGCCAGCCCCCCUCCCCCGCCGGCUUUCCCCUCCAGAUACACUGUGGAACUGUUUGAGCAGGUGGGACGCGCUAUGGCCAUUGCAGCUCUGGACAUGGCAGAAUGCAAUCCAUGGCCCAGAAUUGUGCUGUCAGAGCACAGCAGCCUCACGAACCUCCGGGCCUGGAUGCUAAAACAUGUGCGCAGCAGCCGAGGCCUGAGCAGCACUGCGAAUGUGGGUGUCAACAAGAAGAGAGGCUCUCAAACUCCACCCAAAAGUAACAAUGGAUUGCCUGUCUCCUGCUCUGAAAAUACCUUGAGCCGCGCCCGAAGUUUUAGCACUGGCACAAGUGCUGGUGGUAGCAGCAGCAGCCAACAAAAUUCUCCACAGAUGAAGAACUCCCCCAGCUUUCCUUUUCAUGGCAGUCGGCCUGCAGGGCUGCCAGGCCUGGGCUCUAGCACCCAAAAGGUCAGCCACCGGGUGCUGGGCCCUGUCAGAGAGCCCCGAAGCCAGGACAGGAGACGGCGGCAACAGCCACUGACCCAUCGCCCUACUUCAAGCAGCCUGGCCCCAUCCCCAACUCCUGCUAGUUCUAGCCCAGCCUCCUCACGCAACAUGGGCUCCUGCCUACUGCCCAACUCACUCAGCAUAUCAGGGAGCAGUUGCUCACUCUUAUCCUCAGGGGACAAGCCCGAGGCUGUCAUGGUGAUUGGGAAAGGUCUGCUAGGGACUGGACCUCGCAGUCCCCGUAUCAGGACCCGACUGCAGGCUAGGCCCAGGUUGGGCCAGGGCUCACCGCCGACUUGCAGAGGGAUGAGAGGCUCUUCAGGCCCCACAUCCCCUAUCCCCUGGACCAGGGAGAGCAGUAAGCUGGAGCCGGGACCCUGCUCUGCACCAGGGCUGCCUCAGGCUGGGCCCCCACGGCCCCGCUCUGCCCCUGCCUUUUUUCCUAUUUCCUGUAGUCUCUCUGACUCCCAGUCCUGGAUUUGUUACAGCGGGGGGCCCCUGGGCCAUCCUGAGGUUUGUUUUGUCCCUAAAUCUCCCCCCUCACUGUUUCUCCCCGGGUCUGAUGCCUUGACCUUCAUGCCCAGGAUAUAACCCCAAGAUGGGGAACACAGUGAGAAAUGUGCUAGUCCCCUCCUUCAGCUGCUGAUUCCAUGUGACAACCAUAACUCCUUGGAAUGCCAACCACACUGUUCUGAGGCAUCGCAGAGCAUCA